GCGGACGGGGCGGGGCGCGCGGGCGGUGCCGGUGCGGUGCGGGCUGGGCUGCGGCGGGAGCGGCGGCGGCGGCUAGCGGGUUCGGACGCUCGGAGCUCGGCUGCAUCGCGGCGUGGGGUGCGGCCCGCGGACUCAGCCCCGGGCCAUGGACUCCCAAAAAGAAGCUCUGCAAAGGAUAAUUUCAACUCUGGCAAAUAAAAAUGAUGAAAUUCAGAACUUUAUUGAUACACUAAAUCAAACAUUACACGGGGUACAGGAAAAUUCAGCUAACAUACUUUCAGAAUUAGAUGAAGAAUUUGAUAGUUUAUACUCUGUGUUGGACGAAGUGAAAGAAGGCAUGAUUAACAGUAUCAAGCAGGAACAAUCUCGUAAAUCGCAUGAGUUACAGAAUCAACUUGGUCAAUGCAGUAAUGCUCUGGAGAACUCUGAAGAACUACUGGAGUUUGCAACACGGUCAUUAGGUAUCAAGGAGCCUGAAGAAUUUUCAAAGGCUGCCAGACAGAUCAAGGAUAGAGUAACAAUGGCUUCAGCUUUUCGCCUUUGUUUGAAACCAAAGGUCAGUGACAACAUGAGUCAUUUAAUGGUGGAUUUUUCUCAGGAAAGGCAGAUGCUGCAAGCAUUGAAGUUUCUGCCAGUUCCCAAAGCUCCAGAAAUAGAACCAGCAGAGUGUCUGGUGGCUGACAAUGCUGUAACAGUAGUUUGGAGAAUGCCGGAAGAAGAUAGUAAGAUCGACCAUUACACACUGGAACAUAGGAAGACUAAUUUUGAUGGACUUCCACGUGUAAAAGAUGAGCGAUGCUGGGAGCAAAUUGAUAAUAUUAAGGGUACCGAAUAUACACUCUCAGGUUUAAAAUUUGAUUCAAAGUAUAUGAAUUUCAGAGUCCGCGCUUGUAACAAGGCUGUGGCAGGAGAGUAUUCUGAUCCAGUGACUCUAGAGACCAAAGCACUUAACUUUGUUUUGGACAACUCAUCAUCCCAUUUAAACCUGAGAGUUGAAGAUUCCUGUGUUGAAUGGGACCCCACUGGCGGAAAAGGUCAAGAAAAUAAAGUUAAAGGAAAAGAAAACAGAGGCAGUGUCCAUGUUACUUCACUGAAGAAACACUCAAGAAGUGGUACGCCAUCCCCCAAACGGACAUCCAUAGGUUCAAGGCCACCAGCAGUAAGAGGCAGCAGAGAUCGUUUCACUGGGGAAUCCUACACAGUGCUGGGAGACACUGCUAUUGAAAGUGGACAACAUUAUUGGGAGGUCAAGGCCCAGAAAGAUUGUAAAUCCUACAGUGUGGGAGUUGCAUAUAAGACUUUGGGCAAGUUUGACCAAUUGGGAAAGACAAAUACCAGUUGGUGUAUCCAUGUCAACAACUGGCUACAAAAUACAUUUGCAGCAAAGCAUAAUAAUAAAGUCAAAGCCUUGGAUGUUACUGUUCCUGAGAGAAUAGGUGUCUUUUGUGAUUUUGAUGGGGGUCAGCUUUCCUUCUAUGAUGCAAACUCAAAGCAGUUGUUAUAUUCCUUUAAGACAAAAUUUACUCAGCCAGUGCUACCUGGUUUCAUGGUUUGGUGUGGUGGACUUUCUUUGAGUACUGGAAUGCAGGUUCCAAGUGCUGUGAGAACACUUCAGAAAAGUGAAAAUGGAAUGACUGGUUCAACUGGCAGCCUAACCAAUGUUACUCAGUAAUGCUACUCAGCAUUGUGUCCCUGACAUCUCACCAUUUUGAUUGGUUGGCCCUUCUUGUGUAGUUACUAAACACAGAACUUAAAAGUGUUGGAAAUCAGGUUGACUACACUCUGCUUUACAACUUGGAAUCUGUUAGCAUCACGCAUCUUACAUGAAGUCUUUAUAGGAACCUAACGUGCAAUACCACAGAAGCAAGCAGAAACAAAGCAGAAAACUCAUGUAUUGAAAGAGUAAAGUGAAAAAAAGCAGUGUUUUUUUAGGUGUAAAGGUGUAAAGAAACUCAUUUUUGUGUUCUCUAGAUUACUUUGUCUCUUCUAAUAUGUUUAACUACACGUGGGUAGCCUUAGGGCCUGGGGUUGAAAAGCAUUUAAAUCUUGCCUUCUUUUUGUUAUACUUUUUAAAAAACCUUAUUACUUCCUAUUGUUUUGUUCUUUCACUAAAGCUUUAAAAAUACACAGUCCUCUAAGGCUUUUGAAAAGUUAAAAUAGUUGGUUAUGGUAAGAUUUUCUUUUAGCCAUGUUUAUUUUUCCUGUCCCCUUAGUUUUAUUAAGUUGUUACCAUAUAGAUUAGAAAUAGUUUCUUUUAUCCAUCUAUUGUGAUAGUUCUCUUUUGGUUAAAACUCAAAACAGAGAAUGGAUAGGAAGUUUCUAGACAUAUUAGCUUAAAAUUACCUCUUUUUUUUUUUUUUUGGUCUUCUACACUAAUAGUGACAAAAGAAUAUUCUUUGUUUCCCUGCAUUAGAUUUCUUUUCAUCUUUUUGGAUGAUAAGAUUUUCCAAAGCUUUAUAUUUUCAUAUUUUGUUGUCUGGUUUAAUAGAUAUCUAGUUUAAUAAAAUCACCUUUAAUAGUUAUCUUUGGUCAAAUUCCCACUUUGAAUUUGGAAAUAACUAGUAAUGAUAUACUGAUUUUUAUCAUUUCUAGUAGGGAUGUAAGUUUAUUAAAAUUAGGAGGUAGAGAGGACCGGACAGGUAGUUUCAGGGCUUAAGUCACUUGCUUUACAUGUAGGACACUCUGGUUCAAUUGCUGGUACCACAUAUGGCCUCCUUAGCACUGCCAACAGUGACCCCCCCUUCCCCUCAAAAAUAGUCAGAAGGUAGAAAAACCUACACUGUUCCAUUUUUGUCUUAAGAGACAUAUGUUAUAAGUAGAGCUGUCUAAAAUUUAUUUAAUGAAGUAAUCCAUGUCUGCUUUUUAAUAAUAGAUGAAAUGGCUGAAACAAUUGUUUUGAAAAAAUUGCCUAUCUGACUUUUCAAACAUUUUCAAUGAGUCUUCAAACAUUUAGAAGUUAUUUUUCUCUUAAUUCUGUUGCCAAAUUUAAUUUGAUUUCUCAUAGGUAAUCAUUUUUCUGACUAUGAACCGUCAUUUCUUAACUAAGGGGGAACUAUGCUAAAUGGUGGGUAAAACCCAUGGUUAUUGAACAGAACAAAACUGGGUCUUUUUUUUUUUUUCAGUUGAUUACAACCUGUAACUAUUCCUUGGAUCCAAACUAAAAGUUUUAAUUACAGUAUUUGAGAAUUUAUUGAGCAUUAUAAAGAGAUCUUUAUUUGUAUUUUACUUGAUUUUUGAAACUUAUGUCAACUUUCUUUCAUUCUCAUUUUAAGUAUUUUUAGCUAUACCACCUUCUCCCAAGAAGUGGCUAUUGCAGGUUACAUUUGAGUUGGUCUCUGUAGAAGAGUAAAAACAUUUUUUCUCAAGUUUACUUUUUGAAGUUUUAGUCAUAGAUAAAUCUAAAUGAGGAAAACUAUUUGUAUUGGAAUAUUAUUUUUUGGAGGACAUUCAUAUCUGCAUCAUUAUCUAAGGAUAUUCUGGUAAUUUUUUAGACACAAUUCAGUGUAGGGAAUGACAUAUAUCGAGAUACUAUUUUGAUUCUCCAAACAACAGUUUUGCAUUUCUGUUUCUUCUAAGGUUUUUGAAGAAAUAUUUGGAUCCUUUGUUAUUCUUUAUAAAGAUUAUUCCAGGACUUAACAGGAUAUUAUACUUCCCUUUCACAGAGUCUAACCUUAAAAGCAGUAGUUUAGUGCUCAGGCUGCUUUAUGUGAAAUAACACUAGUACAUUUUAGCAAAACAACACAGAAAAAGCCAGAAAUUGUACUAUAAAGUUUUUUACUAAUGUCUUAUCUAAUUGUGUCGUCUCACUAAUUCAGUGCCUUCUUCCUCCAAGCAUACUUUUUCCUCUAAUUCCCCAUGCAGUGUUAAUUGAUAUUUAAGCCAGAGACCAUUUUGUUGUACAAAUAAGGGCCUUCUAUUGUAGGGAAAUGGGGAAAAGGAAGUAUUAAUCAGGGGCUGGAGGAGGACAUAAAACUUUAUCACAUGCUCAUGUUUUCAUUUGAAAGACUUCAUAAAAAAUUUUCUAAUAUUCAUUUAGAAAAUUCAUUCGAAAUACUAUGACUACUUUAAGAGUCUGAGGUCUUCCUCUUGCUUCUUUUUAAAGGUCUCAAAAAUGAAAUUUCUGGAGCUUGUGUGUUUUUUAAGUUUAUGUUAAGAUGGAGAAAUUUUGAUGCCCUCAUUUUCAAACUACAAAAUAAGCAGUUGUAAUGCCUAAUUUGAAUAGUCUCAAAUUAACAUAGCUUGGCUAAAAACAUUAAUGUUUUAAUUUAAAAUAUUGAGUGCUUUUGAUCAAUUAAAUACAUCACAGAAAGAUAACAUAAGCCUCAAACAUUCUGUUUUUGUUUAUUUGUUUUGGAUCAUACCUGGCAAUGCUCAGGGGUUACUCCUGGCUCUGGACUCAGGAAUCACUCCUGGCAGUGCUCAGGGGACCAUGUGGGAUGCCAGGGAUGGAACCCGGGUUGGCCGUGUGCAAGGCAAACGCCCUACCCACUGUUCUAUCACUCUGCUCCCCUACCCCAAACAUUCUUAAUUGGCUUAUUUACUUUUUGCUUGUACAGGUUUAAUAUGUUGAUUUUUUAUAAAAGAAUUCAUGAAAUAUUGACUGUGGUAGAUAUAUCAUACUUAGAAAACAUUUGUUUCAGAACAAUAUUCACCUAAUAUUGCAUUUUUCUUUAAGCAGUUAAAUUCCUUACCAGUUUUAGUAAACUAUAUAAAGAAAUGAAGGAUUAAAAAAAAAAGGAAGAAAUGAAGGAUUGCCUUAAGCACUUUAGAAGUUUUAUUACAACUCAUUUUGACUCUUUGGACUGACCUUGUCUCCUAUAUCUCUAACUUUCAGUAAAUGUUUAUGCCAAGGAGUUCAUAACUGAAUGCAUGUUGAAAUAUAAAGAAUAUAUGUGAUUGAUUGUUACAGAUGUAAAUAAAUGGACUGGAAAGUAUUAAAAAUUGUAAAAAGUAACAAAUUGGAAGUGUUAGGGGCAUGCUUCUCUGAACUGAUUUUAAUUUUGAUGGCCUCUGUAUCACUUUAAGAAACCGUAAAAUGCUGCUGUCAGCUAGAGUUGGCCUACUUUGUUCAGUAGUCAUUUUGCCCCAUGCUAUCAUCUAAAGAGACAUACUGGCUUGAUUUUAUGUCCUCAUUUAUGACAUUAAAGCAUAAAUAGUGUCACGUAUUUUUGGAAUUUUUGUGAUCCUCGGUAGCAUAAAUGAGUAACUUGUAAUGAAAUGUUUAAUUAGGCUGAUACUCUAUUUCAUGACUUACAGAGAUAGGCUCAUUUUUCUCUGUAUAUUUUUUUCAUAAAUUAGGAGUUCAUUAUAUGUUGUCUUUUGUUUUUUUUGAAAACAAAAAUUUUUCAGAAAAUACAUGAAAAAUGAUUAUUCACAAGUAUUAAAUUUGGAAAAGGACAUUAUAGACAUCUAUUAUAAAAUGGUCCUAUUAAACUCUUUAUUUUCAAAUCAUCAUAAUUCCCUUUUUUUAUCCCAUGCUUGUUAUAAUCAGUGUUCAUUAGCUAACAAAUUAUAAAACUCACAAUAUGUAAUUGAUGUGGCAGUCAUACUUUGUAUUAAGAUUUCCAAAAUCCGUAGUUUAUUAUGUCUGUAUAGUUUUGCUGCUUGGUAUGACAAAGUUUGGACCUUAAAAACAAUGUUUUGCUAAUAAGCCAGAAAUUUUAAAGGUAAACUUUUUAUAGUUUGUAAAAUACUCAAAUUAACAAUAUAAUUAGGCUCACUUUUAUAUAGUCACACAAAAUGGGAUUGGGAAAGUAUCUUGAUUUUAUUUUUACACUGGAUAUAUUCUUUUAGAGAAAUGUACGAUCAGCAUAAAUUUGUUUCAACAUCCAAGUGAUCAUAAAGUUACAUUAUUUUUAACCAAAAAUGUAUUUCAUGAUGCUGGUACCAGAACAUCAUAAGAAAUCACAUGUUUCAUUUAUCAUCACAAAGAUUACCUCAUUUUCAGUAUAGUUUGCUUUAUGUAUAUUUUACAAUAUUCACAUAUGCAAAUAUUUGUGAUUAUGAUAUGUGACCUGUAAUGUUUGAUUAAAUGCUUUGAACUUUUUGAGUAAUCUGGAGUUUAAAUGAAUUCUAUUAUAUGUAUUUUUUAAAGAUACUGUUGGACAUGCCAUAUAAAGGUUAAUGGUGGCUUAAAAAUAAAUUGACAGAAAUUGCUGUACUUUUCUUUUUCAGAUAAUCCAGUUUUUAAUUAAAGUAGUAUUUUAUUUUGAGUCAGUGUAAGAUACUCUGAAGUCAGUUAUUUCAACUGUUUGUUUAACUUGAUAUAUUUUUAAAAUUUUACUUGUUUAAUAGAAGGUGAUCCUUAGCAAUGAAUGUGUAGAGGAUUUCACAAGUAUGUAGAGUAGAAGCAAAGGUAGGUGAAUGUGUUUGCUUCGGUUUGGAGUCAAGUUUGGACUAGUUUAAAAUUAAGUCAUAUUAUGGGUCAGAGAAAUAAGUUGGUGGGCUAGGCAGCUAGUGUACAUCAUGUUGGCAUGCAGGAAGCCUGGGUUGGAUCCCUGGCACUGCAUGGUCACCCAGCACUGAACUGGGAGUAGCCUCUGAGCACCACUCGGUGUGACCUAAAAGCUCAAAAAAGAGAGAGAGAGAGAGAGAGAGAGAGAGAGAGAGAGAGAGAGAGAGAGAGAGAGAGAGAGAGAGAGAGAGAGAAAGAAAAGAUCAAAUCGGUAAAAGAUAUUUUUAUGGGCAUUACAAUUUUUUUGAAAAUCUAAGGACUAUGAAAAUACAUAUUUGAAAAGAAAACCAUUUCCAGUAUAUCUAAAAGUACCAAAGCACGGAGUCCAUGUUUUAAAGGAGACUCUUAGUAUAAAUAUGUAAUGGCUAAAAUUUAAAGUAAUUUAUAUUAAAUAAGGCUUUAAAAUAUCUCUACAUGAUACAUAUUUUGGGUUCAUUUCUUUUAAGGUAUUUAAGUUACCUUAGCUGUAACAUAUUGGAUCUGUAGCCUCUAUAUUCCUCACUUACUAUCUUUGCGCCUCGAUUGCCUUACACAAAAUGAUUGUAAAAUAUUAAGUCUGCCUCACAGGGCUCUUGUGAGGUAUAAAAUAAAUUGGGAUAAGUGAAAUUGCUUCAACAGUAACAUGUUAUAUAAUUGUAUGGUAAUAUAUUCAAUUAAAAAUGGAUUUUAAGUGUUUAGAUACUUCUAGAUUCCCUCUUAUUUAGUUAAAGCAUGUGCCUAAAGUUAGUUUCACCAGGACCUAAGAUGUCAUUUUUAAAAACAACAAUCCUGGAAGGAAAUGCCCUCUACAAUUUUUUCGUUUGUGCUGUCUUUUUAGUAUUUUUCUCAUGAAACCUUUUACUCUGUAGCAAGACUUCUGAGAACUUAAAAAUUUCUCCUGCAGCUUUAGUGUAUCAAAACAGAGUACUGGUAUAAAUUAAUGAACCAAGCUGUUUCCAUUCAGAUUCUGGUGCUUUGAAUUUAUGAAUGCUCAUGCUACAUGCAAAGACUGAAUUUGUCCUAAGUUCUUUCUAGAUGUAAGAAAUUUUUUUUUCUGUAAGAAAAUUUUUGCAUUGAAUAAAGAACAAAAUAUUUAUGUGCCCACUUAACAUUUGACAUAUUUGUUGCAUUGUCAUUAAAAAAAGCAUUU